AUGCUCAAUGCGGUCGUAGUUAUCCUUGUUGACAAUAUCUACCCAUCUUUCGUCGUCGCGAAACACAGAGUCAUGGUGUGGUAUAAGAACUACGUCAGAGACGAAAUCAGGUCAAAAAUGUCUGAGGCGUUCAUCAUCGGCGCUGGUUCUGAGAUUCGCGAAGCCCCUAAGCCGCAACUCCACCUGACGGGAGAGCCGACGCACAGAUAG